GAUCCACAGUCACUUCGCAGUCAAGAUGCAGAGCUUUCUCAUAGCCACCGCCAUCAGCCUGGUAAUUGUGGGUCUGGCCGCUGCACAGUCGUCGACUGUAGCCAAUUCCCUGGAUGAUUAUAUAGAACAGAAUCAGCGGCAGUACGCCGCGCGAAUCAGGCAGUAUGAGGAGGCGUUGGCCAACUUUAAGACGCUGUUCAGCAAACGGCAGCAGCUCACCGAUGUGCAGGCCGAUCUGCUGCAACAGAAGCUGGAGGAGGCCUCCGCUCGCAUCAACCCCCUCUCGCUGAUCGACCCCUGGCACAGGCAGUGCGUCCAGAACUACAGCUCCAGCAUCCCAACGAUAGCCACUGCCCGAUCGGGAGUGGCCAACUGCCAGGCGAUCAUCAGUACUAUUCUGAACAACGCCGAGAGUGCGUACAACACGCUGAAUAAAUACUACAACACCAAUCUGAAGAACUCCUUGGCGGACUGUGUGAAGAACUUCCCCAGUGCCCAGCUAAACUACACUCUCUGUGUGACCAAAGUGAUUGCCGCCGCCAAUGCGUACUCGAUUACCAGCCAAAACAGUUUCAACACCUACAUCAAGGAUGCCGAUUGCACCGCGGACUCGCGCAUCAGAGCAGCCUGGACAUGCUCCUCCAGGCUAGUGUAUUCCACCAGCGCUGCCGUCGAAACCGCCCUGCGGCUCAUAGACAGCUGCAUUGACAACCAACUCGUGUGCGGAUCCGUGUCCUGCUCGGCUGGCUGCCCCAAUGUUUCCACCAUAAGUCUAACGGAGGUUGACUUCCGCAAUGAGACCGUCAGAAAUCCCUUCCGCGGUCUGAGCGCCCAAGCUGGCUGCAGGGAGUUCCGAUUCAAGUAGAGUCUUGCACGGAUGAAACGAGUCUGGAGGAACGAGUAUUCUAGCACCCGAGGAAUGGGAGUUGUAUUCAAUAGAUAAGGAAAUAUCUCAGAUACUUAUUCUCUUCAAGAGAUUUUUGUCCACCUUUUAGCACAGUUCUACCAAAGUAAAUAGUGGAAUAUGUUGAGCAUUCA